AUGACGUCUUCCAAGGGAUCGAAGUCGUUCCGCCAGUGGAACAGUGUGGCUCCCUACAGGGACCCCGUAGUGAAGGUGACGAACAGGAAGCCGUCGUUUCUGUCCAAGAUGAGGACUCUGUUCAAGAGCGGUCACGGUGAGGGUGAGGAACAUAGCAGUGUGAAGAGGCGUUCCGGUUUGUCUCAGGGGGAUGAGAACGUCGCUCAAGUGCCCGGGGGGUUUUUCGAGGUGGACCAGCGGUCGCUGGACGAGUUUAAGAGUAACAGCAGAGUGAGCUCGCGUGGUGCUGGGAUGUCAAUGACAGAAGAUGGGUCACGCGUGAGCCGUACUGCGGAUGAUACACAACUGCGGCAGGAACAAGGGGACGAAUCCGAGGCAAACGUGUCUAAUGCCAAACUGGCGAACUUCUUUGCUGAGAAGGGAGACGUGCCCCUGACAGAUAUCGAGUUGGAAGGAGUGAUGUCGCUUUUGCAGAAAUCGAAGAAGUUUGAGUCGCGCAAUUCGUCGUUUGCCAAUGCUACCGCACCGGUGAUCAGUAAGGAUGACCACUAUACCCCCGACAGACUGUUCAAGAACAACCGAGUCCUCUCCACGUCUUCCACGAUGGCAAACUCGUCGUUUAAAGUGCCCACGUUUACGCCCAAAUACGAGAAUCAAACUGGCGGGAGCAGAAAUUACAGUCUGAGAAGCAUAUCCAGCGCAGCAGGCAGCGAUGCGUCGAAUACCUCCGCAAGAAGGGUGUUUGACUAUUCCGGUAUGCCAUCACCGUACAGGGCCGUGGUGCUCAAGUACAACUCUGCCACCAAAAAGUGUCCACGCAACAAAGAUGUCCGUCGUAGGUCGAUGUCGCAGUUGGAACACGGCAGCGUUAAGACUAGCAAGCAAAACAAUUCUGUGACGAAAAUGGCAAGACAGAAACCAGAGAAGAAGUUGAGCAAUGUCGCAUCUGCACUGGUCACACUACUGGAUAAUAACGAUAAUAACGCUAAUACUACCGUUACUACUAAUACUACGACGACCAGAACGCAAAAUGGCACAUCGCAACUGGCGAACCCGUACUCCUCUUACGCACACAAACACAAACCGCUGCCGCCACUAUUGGACGACAAACCCUCUGAGCAGCCUCAGAAAACAGGGUUGUCCUUACCUCCGCCUCCACCAAUCAAGGAGAACGUUGACACAAUUGACGUGAAGGCUCCGCCACCGGGACCAAUCACCAGCAGUGAUUUAGCGGAGAGACCCACGGGGUCUACUGAUACAAAACAAGAUACCGCAUCCGCGCUGGAACAAGAACGGGUCAAACUGCACCAACCUGUACGGUCUUCCUCGCUUCGUUCAAAUGUCGUCGUCGCACCCACGCCUGCAACGGAACCGGUGACGAAGAAGACGCAACAAGUCAAACCAGUGGCCAAAUCCGUUGCGCCGUCGACACCUGCAUUUUCAUUUGGGUUUGGUAAGAGCGAGGCAACCACUCCGUUUAAACCAUUACCUAUGGCGGCCCCAGUGGAAGAUACGAAAAAACCCGCCGUGGCCGCUUUACCACUUGCAGAGCUCAAGAAACCGGAACCCACAAUGUCCAAGUCCGCAGAGAGGAUAUCCCCCGCCGAACAAGAAGAGUAUACGUUCGAUUUUGACACGCCUUCGAGUUCCAACGUCGAUGUGUCGGGCAUAGACGACACGGAAGUCGACAAAUACAAGUCCAUGUUCGUAUUCUGA